GCUGCGUUGUCUCUACUACUAUUUCAACACCGUUGCAUUCACUAAGCCAGCGCUGCGUGACCUUAUCCCGAGUGUUGCACUACAUAUUCAGCUCUUCAGUCUUGGCGCUACUUUCACAUACAUACGCUUUUUGACGUUGGUUCAGAUAGUGUGGUCAGAGGCCUUUUGGAGUGUAAUUGUGCCAGAUAAUCGCUUCUGGGAACAACAGCUAUACUAAACAGUCUUCAGACUCAACGCACGUCCUUCUGGUUGUUUCAUCGUAGCCGGAAACCCACUCUCUAAAUCGUUUCAAUGGCAUCAGCAUCUGGAAACCGCCCUCACGUGGGACCUACACAAGUUGUAGGACCUGACUACCGAUCUGAGAGCCAGCUACCGAUUGCUACUGUCUCAACUGCGGUGAAAUACGAGACUGUCACCACUUUGCCUCAAACUCCUCAGCUCAUUGCGCUGCUCACGAAAAUACGCGAUAAGAACACUGAACGUGCUGAUUUCAUCUUCUACUCGAAUCGGAUUAUUCGUCUGCUCGUCGAAGAGGGACUCAACCACCUCCCAGUUGUCGAACAUACUGUUACCACUCCCGUGGGUCGUAAUUAUGCUGGUCUCUUGUUUCAGGGAAAGAUUUGCGGUGUGUCCAUAAUGAGGGCCGGUGAGGCCAUGGAGCAGGGGCUGCGAGACUGCUGCCGGUCUGUAAGGAUUGGUAAGAUUCUGAUUCAGCGUGAUGAGGAGACUGCACAGCCCAAAUUAUUUUACGACAAACUGCCCGAGGACAUCGCCGACCGAUGGGUACUCCUACUCGACCCUAUGUUCGCCACAGGAGGCUCUGCCAUUAUGGCUGUUGAGGUCCUCAAGUCCCGAGGUGUCCCAGAGGAGCGAAUACUCUUUCUCAAUUUGAUUGCCAGCCCCGAGGGGAUCGCAAACUUUGCAACCAAGUUCCCGAGACUGAGAGUAGUUACUGCAUUUGUUGACCAGGUAUGUAUUCCGAUUUUGCUGAUAUCAUUUGACUAUCCACUAACGGGUUUACAGGGUCUUGAUUCAAAGAACUAUAUUGUGCCUGGACUAGGCGACUUUGGUGACAGAUUCUACACUAUGUAGGGAGCCCUUACCACACCAUCACAUGCGCAUGGGAGACACUAUAGUAUAGUUGCUGGGAAGAAUUCAUAUUGGUGAGCCUGAUACGUUUCAUUCCUAGCUCAUGCCAUACCAGCAAUCCAUAGAAUGGCCGG